CAUUUUCGCUGGGAAUCGAGAUGAACACCUUAACAGACCAACUUCACUCGCUUCCUGGUGGCACCCAGAUAUCUUGAGCGGGUUGGAUUUACAGAGAUCCGAACGAGGGACGUGGCUUGGCAUGAGUCGAACAGGAAGAUUUGCCGCGGUCACCAAUUAUCGUGAACCCGAAAUAUCCGGCCAAGAGUUAUUAUCCCGAGGUGCCCUUGUAAAAGAUUUAUUGUUGGAGUCUGACCUUGAGUUAGAACAGCGCUUCAAUAUUAUAAACAAGAGAGCAUCCAAAUACGGUGGUUUUAACUUAAUCAGCGCAGACUUGUGUCAUAAACACCCAACGAUGUUAUAUUUAUCCAACAGGAAGGUUGAUAACAUUCAACACUUGAACCCCAAAAAGUUUUACGGAUUAUCAAAUUCCUUGUUGGAGGAUCAAUGGCCAAAAGUGAAGAUAGGUGUCCCCAAAAUAAAAUCGAUAGUAGAAGAGGAAAGUUCCGAGGAGAAACUUGUCGAGGAAUUGUUAGGGUUACUCAGUAUCACCGUACCUUUUGGUCCAACAACGAUGUCAGAUCCUUAUCAUCUUGAAGAUUUGAAGAGGACGAUCAGAGUGCCAAAAUAUGAUUUCGGUGGAGAUUACGCCACUCGAACUAGCACC